GAGUCAUGUGACAAGAAGGCGGAAGCUGUCAUAUAAACAGAAAAGUAGCGUUAAAGACAACACAAACGUCUGUGCUCAGAAUAUUCACUUUACUAUCUGUUAUCUGUACAUGCAGUGUAUUAGGACGUGGUGAGCCAUGUCUUCGAGCCAUUUAAAGGACUCCAGCUUUUUGGGAGGCCGGAUACCACCAGAAAUCGAGUCAUUGUCGAAAAACCUGAAGGAUGUGGACCAAGAGAUGUUCAGAAAAAUACUAAAAGUUGUGGUGAGUGCCCUGGAAGGGAAGGAUUGCAGAGAGGUGAUGAAGUCGAUAGCAGAGAGCAGUGCCAUCCCCCAGGAGAGGCUCAGUCACAUCGUAGCUGGGAUGUACAGAGUUCUCUCUGAGGCCAUCCGCAUCCCUACAUCAUCACUUAAACAGGAGGCCUUCAAAGAAGAUCUUAGAGAACUGAGGGUACCUGAAGACUUUAUCACAGAUUUCUCCAGUGUGGUUUUUGGCAGUCGGCGUGCAGCUCUAGAGGCAGCGACCUCCCAGAAUGAUCCUCACCUCCCCACAGUAGAAGACUUGAAAUGGAGAGUGGAUGUCGCCAUUUCUACAAGCUCUUUAGCCAGGGCCCUGCAGCCUUCUGUUCUGAUGCAGAUGAAACUGUCGGAUGGGAGCUUUCAUCGCUUUGAGGUGCCCGUGUCUAAAUUCCAGGAGCUCCGGUACAACGUGGCUCUGAUUCUCAAAGAGAUGAAUGAUCUUGAGAAGAGGAGCAUUCUUCAAAUCCAAGAUUGAUGGAGGCAGGCAGGGUUGUUAUCUAAUUAAACCAUCCUUUAGUUUAAGAUUUAGUGGAAUUUGUGUUCAUGCUCGGAAUGCCACUGAUUUGGAUGAUUUCAAAUAUGGUAUUAUGAAAGACAAAGAUAAUCUGCCUGUCGUGAUGUUAUGAUUUGAUGGUGUUGGCAUCCAACAUACCUGACUGUUGACAAUGUAAAUAAUAAGGGUAGUUGGUCAGCUAGCUGAAUCGUGAAAUCAAAAGGAUUCAAGAGACUUUUAUGUGUCACAGCCUAUAUUUAAAAACAAAUAUAUAAAGUCAAACAGUAUAACUCUUUCCUUUCUAUAUGGUAAGCUGCACAUAUUAGUGCUUGCUGGCAGAGUUGAGGCUGCUGCAAAGUCUCCUGUAUGCCAAAAAUACAAAUGCAAUCUAAAGAGCAUUUGGACACUCACUUCCUGAGUGACCAUUUUAACUAGUGUCAUGUGAUAUUCUGAGUUCAAGACAGAACAUUUUAUUCACAUGCUUCUGAAACACAAGGAUGUGCCAGUCAAAGACAGAACAAGGACAUUUUUUCUACUCAUCUGUUUAUACGUGCAAUUCUAACCAGUGCAAAAGAUUUACUCGUCUCUUUUGUUGUAAUACUAUUGUAUAACAAGUAAAAUGAUGAUUUCACUGUUAUUUUGUGUGUUUUCCAUAAUAACAUUAGAAAUUUUUACAUCUUGAACCACCUCUUGCUAAUAAAACCUUUCCAAGAAUA